UUGGAACAGGCAGCCCAGGUUCACGAUGUUAUGCCAUCAGCUAGUGCUUGUGUUCGGACUCUCGCUAGCUAGUGGGGUGUGUGCAUCCAGGAGCUGCUACUCAGAACCCCAAGUCUCCAUAUAUUUUUUCUGCAACCUCACAGAUAUUCCAGUUGUGCCGAAGGAUACGGUGAAGCUUUUCCUAACUUACAACUAUAUCACACGAGUGACUGACACUUCGUUUCCGCUGCUGGAGCACCUGUUUUUGCUGGAAUUCGGAACGCAGCUGGUCUAUCCUGUCACCAUAGGGAAAGGAGUUUUCAGGAACCUGCCAAACCUGCGUAUCUUAGAUUUGGGAUACAAUAGGAUUCUUCGACUGGAUCUUGAUGCAAGUCUGACUGUACUACGCCUGUUUCAGAACUACCUUGGGAAUUCCAUCCUUGAGGAACGUUACUUUCAAGAUUUGAGAUCGUUAGAAGAAUUGGAUCUUUCAGGGAACGAAAUCACCAAACUUCAGCCUCAUCCAUUAUUUUAUAAUCUGACAGCCUUGAAAACUGUGAACCUGAGAUUCAACAAGAUAUCCAAACUGUGCCAGAGCAAUCUUACAAGCUUCCGAGGAAAACACUUUUUUUUGUUCAGCCUCAGUUCUAAUUAUUUGUAUAAGGCAGAAAGUGUGGACUGGACCAAAUGCCCAAAUCCUUUCACAAAUAUUACAUUUAACUCACUAGACCUUAGUGAAAAUGGCUGGAGCACAGAGAGAGUCCAAUAUUUCUGUACAGCCAUUAAAGGGACUCAAAUCAGUUCUUCAAUAUUUAGGAGUCAUACAAUGGGUUCGGGAUUUGGCUUUCCAAACUCAAAAAAUCCAGCUAAUUAUACUUUUGCAGGACUAGGAAGAAGUGAUCUCAUUUCCCUUGAUAUUUCAAGGGGUUACAUUUUCUCUCUCAAUUCUUUAGUCUUUCAAAGCCUCAGUAAUCUGGAAGUGCUGAACCUUUUCAAAAACAAGAUAAAUCAUAUCCAAAGGCAAGCAUUUUUUGGCUUGGGCAACCUAAAAACUCUCAAUCUCUCAAAUAAUCUUUUAGGUGAGUUGUACAAUUAUGCUUUUGAGGGUCUACAUAGUGUAGCAUAUAUUGAUUUACAGCAGAAUGAUAUUGGGAUGAUUGGUAAAAAAUCAUUCCGUAACUUAGUACGUCUGAAAAUAAUUGAUCUCCGAGGCAAUGCCAUUAAAAAGCUCCCUUCCUUUCCACAUCAGACAUAUGCAUUAACAAUUCCUGAUGAGCUACCACAAUGUGUUGGUGCCUUUGCCACUGAAAUCUGGCAUUACAAAAUAUCAGUCUGUUCUCCUGGAAUGUGUAUCUGA